AUGAUCGCGUCCGUUUCUACAAUUUCAGGUGAACUUGGUGGUAAUAUAGGCUUGCUUCUCGGCUGCAGUGUACUGAUUAUCUGCGAGGUUCUUCGACUUUUUGUCGGAAUCAAUUAAGUCCCGAAUAAGGCGCCCUAAUAAACAGAAUACUGUUUCUUUGAGCGAUUUUUGACUCAAGUUGUCAGUAAUAUUGUUCGACCUGUAGAUCUAUAGAAAUUAGAAAUAUGGACAACACAUAAUCACAAGAACAUCAUAUUUUAUCCCAACGAUUGUUAAAUCAUCACGCCCUGACUAGUUUUGAACAAGCCACAAGUAGCAAAAUAAACUUUUAAGAUUAUCAGUAAGAUUCAGAUUAUCUGUUUUUGUUGCUGUUGUUCUACAUUAUCUUUGUUGCCAGAUGAUAAAAAAUACCAGACGCAUGUUUACUGAACCGGCCUGAGUCCCAGGGGUUCUCCCUUAUUUGGCCUUAAUAAUGAACAGAAUAGUGUCUCUUCGAGCGACUUUUGACUCAAGUUGUCAACAAAACUUUUCGAAGUGUAGAUCUAUAGAGAUUAAAAAUAUGGACAAAACAUAUUCUUUCACGUAAUCACAAGGAUAUCAUGUUUUAUCCUUCGUCCUAUUUAAUAUGGCGCAAGACGAAGGACGACCUAUUGCGACUUCGUCGCUCGCUUGGCCGCCUCGCGGCCUAAAAAGUUCGCUCCGCUCGCUAAGAAACACGUGAGGUCGACUUGUGGCAAGCAGCGCCGUAGCUAGUAUGAGGCCAACCGAGGCACUCGCCUCGGUAAAAUUUUGACGAAUUUCGUCGAUCAUUUAUAUUUUACAUAAGCGAUCAUCGGAUAUUUUUAACGCAUCAUGAUAUUACAAAGAAUUCAGCAAUUCAGUCAAUAUACUAUGAAAAAAUUACCAUAUCAUCGAUCUCAAGGGGCUACGUACGUUAACUCAAAUUUUUUUUGAACAAAUACUGAUCAAAACCAUUGGCGAGGUUAACGGUCACCCAGAUUAUGUAGCUUGUUUCUGAUUAUUGCUUUUUAAAUUCCACUUAAAUUAACUCGAAAAAAAGUUACCGAAAGGCCCAGAAAACGCUGCAAAUCGCAUUUCCGAGAGACUAAAGUUCAAAAUUUCUCGGGGGGGGCAUGCCCCCGAACCCCCCUAGCAACUCCCGCCUGCCUCGGUUGGCCGUUUGGUCUGGCUACGGCACUGGUAAGUCUAGUUUUAUCCAACGAUUGUUACAUUAUCACGUCUUGACUAGUUUUCAACAGGCCACAGGUAGCAAAAGUUUUCAGUCUUUGUUUCAGGUGUAAAAAGUCAAGGUUUCGCUUUCAUAGUUAUGUUCAAAGACACAGCCAACUGCAAUACCGUUAUCAUACAAAAAAGCAAAAAACAAAAAGCCAGACCCUUUAGAACCUCUAAUUUAAUUGGACCUCUAGCCGUCACAGCUCUUUCAAAAUUCGAGCUAGGUUCAAUUAUUUAUAUUGUCAACUUUGUUUUUUCUUUGUUUUCCCAACCAAUCCCGUGAGGUCUUCCGCAGUGCUAUAAGGUCGCUGAAAUAGAAAUAUUCAUCAGCCACGGAUAUUAUUUUUUGGUGUUUACAUAAUUCUAUUAUAAACACUUUCUAUACAGUGCGGUAUAAUGCUUCAUUUCAACAUCAGUUGCUGAUUUGAGAGAAGUUGAAUUGGCCAACGCGAAGACGUUUUCUUCUUUCUCCUUUCGUCAGACCAGAUCCCUGAAAAAAGUGAGUGAUCGUGCCUAAUUUUUUUGCUCUCCUUUUUCAUUAUUUUUCAAUGACAACGUUAUUGUAAUUAGGUGUAAUCUACGAAUUUAAGUGAAACAUAUUUAAUUAAAGAGAGCUAACAUUUGCGUUUGCUCGUUACCUUCGAAAAUACUGCAACCCCGCUAUGAGAAAUUUGCAAGCUACUUAAAAAAGAGAUUCCACGUCCAUCUAACUGGUAAGAAAACAUUUUUCUAAAUCGGAUAUGGAGGAUAUUUCUAUAACUGUUGCUUACAAAGCUAAUUUCAAAUCUAGGGAAAAAGUACAUAGAAAACUAAUUUUCAAUGAAUUUCUAAGUUUUUAUUCACCCUAAAUGACAAAAAUUGUUACUUCACGCGGUAUGGUGGCAGUUGCAAUUAUGACAGCUGAGGCCCGUUUCAAACGUCGAUAUCUCAUGAAAAAUGUAGAUGAGCGAGAACUAUAGAUUUUACUCCUCUUGUGAAGUUCGACGUUUGAGACGGGUUUAAGUUCUCUUCGACCAAUCACUAUCAAGUAAUUAAUUGCUCUUAACUUAUCUCAAAAUGCCCCCUUAGUAUGAAGCCAUUCUGCCCUCCAUGUCAUAAGGAUUUCUUGUCGCAGUAAUUUCAUGUGAAGGCAAAAUUAGCAAUCACAAAGCUAUUAUCUGGUAUCUUAAGUAUUAUAAUUCAGUCUUUCUGUAUGCUUCGUAGCUUAGUAGAUUCGUGUGUUGUUCAGAUGUGUUUUUGGCGUCAUAAAACGAAUACUGCUCAACCCUCGCUCUCAAAGACUGUGUUCAUGAUAGUGUAUUUUUGAAGUGAAGAAACUAAAAUUUAACUUGUGAUCUCACUGCUCUCAGAUAACAUGGAUUUUUAGGUGUGAAAGAAAGAAAAAAUUUGUUUAUUUAAUUCUAAAAGUGGGCAUGUUAACUUAAAGGUCCUACUUAAUCAAUUAUUCUCAAUAACCUUUAGAAAGAAGCCAAAAAUGGUUUCCCUCGCCAAUGAAAACAAUGAACUUUAAGAAGCCAGUUCCCGUUGCCGAUUGCCCUUAGUUGGAAUCACCUGUGUUUACUACAAACGUCAAAAGUGCACCAUCUAACCUCACUGGCACUGAUUUUACAAGGUCGGGAUACAAGGAUUGAAAAAGGGAGUUAUAAAUAGUCUCAGCUUCUCAUACACUUUAAGUCCCUUUCUAUGCAGGCUUUCUAUGCAGAGUUUAGCUUGUCCGCCCUCUGUACAGGGGCCGAUCUAGGGGGAGGAUGUAGGGGGUGCACCCCCCUUCCCCCGAGAUGACCUGCGGCUUUCUAAAACAACUAGUAUUCUGUAUUAAAAUUUGUUUACGUCACCAGUUAGUUACGCCAUUGCUUAGCGGUGCACUCCUUCCUAAGAAAAAUCCUGGAUCCGCCCCUGCUUUUCGGGUAACUAAAAGAUCGCCAAACUAAGACCUAAAUUGACCUAGCUAGGUUACAAUACUAAAAACUGCGCAAAUUGGUAAAAUCUGUAGAAUCUGUAGAAUCGUUCAAUAAGUUCCCAAACAACUGUACGAGAGUCCUUAAAAUUGGUGCAGCCGUAGUGUCAAGUAGUAGCUUCCAAGGACCAGUCAAGACACCAGGAAAAAUGAGCAUAGUUAAGAUUUGAGGAAACAAAUAGCCCUGUAAUCCAAUCGGUUUUCUGGGCCUACACUCGCUUGUUUAAAGCACAGUCCUUUUUUGCCUAACACAGAAACUACUUUUAAGCUUAACCCAGAUAAACUGAAAAGUUUUAGUAAAACUAGUAUUCCAUUUCCGAGUUCCAAUAACUCUCACUUUCAAAACGAGGCCGAAUAUAAGUGCAAAACUUUUCUUGUGAAAAUUAGUUUUAUCAUGAGAAAAAAAAUGUAUUAAUACUAAAGAUUGAAAAAAACUAGCAAUACAAAAGUUUUAAAAGACACUUAACAAUACCCAGACCACGACACAAAAGUGAACCAACAAUGGUUUCCACAACACUAAGAAGUACCCAAGAUUUCACAUCAAUCGCUUCGCACUUAGCCUCACUUUGAAACAGAGGCUUACGGCAGCGGAAAUAACCUGUUAGAGUCUUAAUUUUUAUCUUUGCUGUUUUAAAUAUAUCAAUUGCUUUUCGUUGGAUUAAAUUAUUUAAGGUAAAUUAAGGUUGGCAAACAAAAUGAUUCUGACAGAUAUAUAUAUACAAUUAGUUUGUUGUUAUUGUCUUUGUUGUAUUUCCAUCCAGAUUACAUGAACACGACUUGGAUAUCCUUCAAGAUGUCUGAUCCACCUCAUGUCGCCAUAACAAUAGCAAACUCCAUAUUAAUUGUCACUUGCAUCUCGGGAAACUGUUUCGUGUGUGUCGUAUUGCUGAGAAAUAGGGACAUGAGGUACAUAAAACAAUUCUAGAAUAAUGGACUUACGCUUCAAUAACAACAGGAAGCGAUUAUGAUGUCGAGGGCGAUGAAUAAAUUAGGCUUCUGUAAAACAUCUAUUAAGCCCCCCUCUCAAAUAAGCCCCCCUCCUCCCGCUCCCCACUCUAAUAAGCUCUCCUUUUUCAGGUGAAGAAAGUUGGUAAGCCCCCUCUCCUCCCCUCCCCCUUAUUAUUAUUCACUGAUAAAUAAUACAUCGUAUUAAUCAAUCACGACUGUCAGAAGUGUAUUGCGACUGUAAAACUUUGUGUGGACUGAUCCAGGAUGGUUUAUUCGCCAACUGGAAGUUGUUUUUGAUCUUCAGCUGUGUGAUCUCCAACUUCUUGUACUUGAGCUUUUCCACUUUGCAUUCUUGCUCUUUGUGGAGAAUUCACACCAUCUUCUAUGCUAAAUUGAAUAUAAAUAUGCCCCCUCUCAAAUAAGCCCCCAAGUCUCUGUAAAGUCCCCCCCCCUCAAAUGUGUGAAAUGAAUAAGCUCUCCGGGGGGGCUUAAUAGAGGAUUUAAGGUAUGUUCGCACUAUACAUACAUGAUAGCUUUUAGCUAGGUUCACACUUUAUAUGCCGGAUAUCUUUUCCUACCGACAUGAAAAGCUAGCCGUUAUAGUAUGAGCAGCAACGCAGUAGAACUGGAACAAGUCAUUCACACACACUCGAACAGUUAUCCGAGAGGGAUUGGUGAGCCUUAAUCCUCGUCCUCACUACUGAAUAGUUACUUCCGUCUCAGCCGAUUCCAGUCCUAGCUCCUCUUUAUUCACUGCUGCUAUGGUCCGAAUACCCUUCACAAUACACCAAUGUGUGGAACAGAACAUAUCCGAUAUGUGUCUCUCCACUGUAGCUACACUACGUUACAGAAAUCGCGCCGAAAUCAUAAUUUAUUAUUUGUGAACAGAAGCCCUCUCCGGUAUAUACGGGUGUGGAAUAGCCUUAGAAAUCCCUAUGAUCUUACAAGAUCCGAGGAAGCCGACUUCAGCAGAAACGUCGCUUAAAAAGUGAAUUUGCGUUCCUUCAAUUUUCAUCGACAUUAUUCCAGCUCACUUACGUACUUUGUUAAAUUGGAGAGUUCGCUUGUAUUUGACAAGUGAGUGAGCUCUAACAAUUGCUAUCAAAAUUGAAAGAACUGGAAUUCAAAUUUUAAGCAAAGUUUUCGCCGCCGUAGCCGUCGGAUCUCAAGGUCCCUAUUCUCAACUUAUAACUUAGAUGGUCAGAGGUCAGCGAGAAGGAGGGCGGUAAUUUUUGAGCUUCGUUAAAUUUACAAUGAAUUUAGCUUAUCAAAGCUGCGUUUUCCUCUUUUUUUCUCCUUAAUUUUGGAGUAAGAGUGAGUACAAACAAAGAUUGUUGUUGUUAUUGUUGUUGUUGUUGAUGUUGAACUGUGCACCUAAUCCGCAGGAUUCCUUUCAACUAUCUACUUGUAAACCUAGCAGCAGCGGAUAUCUCUUACGCGACAUUUGCGGUACCCAAUAUCAUUUUAAGCCACCAUGUUUACCACCCUGAGGGUCUUGCUGGCACAUUAUUAUGCACAACGUUAACAGGUGGGAACUUAUCUUGGGCUGGUGGCCGUGCUUCUAUGAUCACUCUGCUUGUCAUCGCCAUUGAAAGGUACUUUGCAGUGGUUCAUCCCCAUGGAAACAAAGGAAAACUAACAAAUCGCAAACUCAAGGUUUGUGAUAUUCAAGUAUAUCGCUCAUAUUUUUCCCGCGAACGACAGAGAGGGUCACGUGACCUGACUUUUCCCGCGUUUGCCGUUUGCCGGCUGCCGUUUCAAUGCGAGGAGAAUAUUUUUCCCGUUUGGAGAAAACGCGAAAACUUGAGUAUUUCAAGCGCAAUUGUACCGACUAUUUCUUCAUUUUAGUUUAUUUUGGGUCGUAAAUUGCGCCCGUUUCGACUUUAUGAUUAAAAUUUUGAUUACGACGACUUCGACUACAAUAAUUAAUAAUGAUUUACGAUUACUAUUACGGUUACGGUUACGAUUAUGGUGAUGAUUAUGAUUACGACUGCGACUACGACAACGAAAAAAUGGGAGUCGGAAGAAUCAGAACGUUUUCAUUUUCUUCUGACUCCGCUUACGACUCGGACGUUUACGAUCAAGUGCAGAUUGUCGGGGUCGGCAGCAGAAGCGGAAGAAUACACAAUCACAAUGCUCAUUCCCACGCUUUGUGAUUGGUUUAGCCGGCCUUCCACUCCUAUCUGCGGUCGUGAGAGACGGAGUCUACGCUAUAUUCGCGAAAUAUCCCUCCGCCUUUCGGUUGGAGCCUCCUCGUUUAGCCAAUUAAAUAGAGUACUAGCCUGACUUUCAUGCCAUUGGAAUUGAAGUAUUAAGAGAACUAAAAAAUUGGACAAAUAUGGUUAAGACCGGGGUCCGUAAUAUGUCCGUUCUCAGCGACCGCAGAGCGCUGCCAUUAAAUUUAAGAAGAAAAAUCACACACCACUACCCUGCGAGCAGAGACACGCGGAAGCUCGAACUUCUGUACUAGUCAAUCUUGUUUUCUUUUGUCAAACUGGUUUUCCGAGUGCGAACUUCAGUUUAUUGACGAUAAACCGAUGUUCAUAACUGAGCGCGCCGCAUCAAGCGCAUGGCUAUUAUAAUCAUUAGGCCUGGGUUUAAACCUGUAUCACAGCAACAAGGAGCAUCUUGCCCAACACUUAGGAUCUUAGUCGAUUCAUGCAGAGUCUUUCUCGGGUACGCAGGGGUCACACAGCACAUUCACUGAUACGGAUUCAUUAAAACUGAUAAGACAGCGCUUACAAGACUAAAACUACAUCAUGAAACGAAACCCAGCUACAAAAUGAUCACAUAUUGUGAGCAUAACCGACAUUGUGACAGCUAAUCAGACCUAACCAUUGUACAUACUUUUUUUAGGUUGUUAUUCCCGGUAUUUGGAUCAUAGCAAUUAUUUAUAGAAUACCAUCCGCGAAGAGAACUUUUGAUGCCACUUCCCACUCAUGUGUUUCCUCAUUGCCAACGGAGACGAAAAAGACCACUGGUAUUGCUUUUCGUGUUUUGAAGUUUUUUCUCAUAGCAUUGUUGGUCGUGUUAUACUCCAGAGUUGUGUAUGCCUUGUGGUUCAAGCCAAGUGAUGAUGUACUCAAACAUCAGCAACGGGUAUUAGCCUUGUUAUAGCCUGAAAGUACGCUCUCAGUUCUGGACUCGAGCCGAGGCAAAGGGUCUCGCGCGACUGGGCGAGCGGCGGGCGAAGCCUUAAUCAUUCGAGCGUUAGAUUUGUUCCUCGCUCGAUUUUUAAAUGGAGAGCUUUCUUGCAGGCUAGCCUUGUAAAAAGAAGUCAAAAAUCAUCAUCAUUCUUUAUUGUAAAUGUGUCAUUAAUAUUUAGCAACGUAUCGAAAAGCAGCUAGAAAAAAAGAAUAAACGGAAGAUCAUUAUCACCACACAAAAAUAUAAUGCUUGUGUCAAUGGCAAUUCCCCAAGAGCGUCGGCUUUAACUCUACUGAAUUCGUACCUAAUUCUCUCCUUCUCUUUCAUAGUUAGCUUGAUAAUUCUCUUGCAAGUUUAAAAGUGAUCAUUAAGAGAAGAAUAAAUACUGACAGGAAAUUCUUCUCCUCAGUAGGUUUCAUUACUAUAUUGUAAUAUGGGUCGCACUCCUUAAAGUUAGGGGUCUUUAGGCUAAUUUUAAGCGAGAUCUAAAGUUCAAAGGACAUAAACGUUACUUAAAAGUUGAUUUAACUGUGUACAUUCUUACAGUGUUGGAGAAGAGCAAUAUUUGGGAGUUUAAGCAGAGAAGUUUUUGAGCAACGCACGUCAACUGGAAGUUUAGUCUUUUCAUUCCACUGUGCCUUUACGCGGCUAAAUUUGUAUUACUUAGCGUCUUACUCAUAAAGAGAAGACCUGCCUUAAAAUUAGGGCAAAACCACGGCCCGAGAAUGCGAAUAGUCUCAGUUCCGGUUGACAAUUGUCGCUCAAAAACGUCUUUGCUCACUGCUCCCUAUUGCAAGCUUGGGGUGCCUGUUCUAAUGUAUCAUUGUUUUGUACACAGACUGUACUGAGGUUGCGGAAGCGAGUCACCUUGAUGGUUGUCUCUGUCAGCGCCAUAUUUGUAAUUUCUUGGGGAGGAGACACUGUGCUGCACAUUUUGGAGGAUCGCUCCUUUAAGUUGAGUCCUUUAGCAAUUCCUAUUGCGCACGUAGUGAUUAUGUUCAACGCUGCUGUCAAUCCUUUUGCUUACGCUUUGAUAAACGAAAGAUUCAGGCAGAAGAUGAAAGAAAUGAUGUGCAGUGGUUCGCGUUCGUUGGCAACAAAGCAUUUCGUUACUUCCGCGCGUGCGCUACAUAAAAUUCCGAGAGCAAGCGUACCCGUGGUGACCGUGACGCUGGAAGAGCAGAUGAGUAAAGGUGAUGUUACACGAGACGAUUCUCAACAGCGAUUUUAA